AUGAGAGGAAAAGCAAGAAACAAAAACUUUGUCCAAGGAAAAAAGCAGGUGGAUAUUACUCAAAAUGAUUUCCAAGCUACUCCUAAUGGUUCUGAAUCUAGUAGUGCAGGGGGUUAUGGUCAGUAUAUGCAAGUGACUCCUCCUAGAAGUUAUGAAGCUGAGGGUUUUGUUGGUGAGGGUGUUGAGGUUGAAAAUGUUGAAGGUGGUCAGGAUCAAGCUAAUGUUGAGGUUGAAAAUGUUGACGGUGGUCAGGGUCAAGCUAAUGGUGUGGUUGAAGAUGGUCAGGGUCUAGUUAAUGUUGUGGUUGAGGAAGCUGUUGAGGUUCCUAAUGUGAAAAUGCAGCAGGUUAGACCAAUUUCAUAUAUUUUGAAGAGGAUAAGGAGAAGAAAGUCAGAGAGAAUAUUGAAGAUCAAAUUAGGAAAGACAGUCAGUGGUGUUGAUGAUCCAGGAAAUUCCAAGGGAAAAGCUCUUAUAAUUGAUUAG